AUGCCACAUAUGUACAUUUAUAACAAUACAGGAGUCGGUUAUUUUUAUGUUAUAAAAAGGUGCUUUGUCAAGUCUAGUUGCUUUCUGCAUAGGGAUUACAACAAGAAACUUAAGAAGAAUAUUCUGGAUAAGAGUGCCGCUACCUACACGCUCACAAUAGCUUCCCUUACUUUCAUAAUCUCUGGUGCAGAUAUUAAAGCAGUACCAGUAGAUUCCCAAAGACAUGUGAAAGAAGAUAUUUCUACAUUGACAAGGAUUGAAGCCUUAAAUAACAACGGGGAACAUUUUGUAGAUAAAACACAUUUGACCGAUAUUGCCGAAAGUUCUUCAGACUUUGAAAGAGUUCCUAUACAGAAGAAAGAAGAAGCAAUAAAACACGAACACCGUCCCAAAAGAGAGAAAACUGGUGUUAUUGAAAGUGGAUCAAGCUUGAUGCAGAUAGAGGAAACAAAUAACGUAAUUUUAGGAGGAAAAUUUUCAGAACAAGAAAAAAGGAUGGAGCAUCAAGCCUGUGAUUACAUAUAAGGAAAAUGGGUUAUAGAUGAUAGGUGGCCGUUGUAUUCCGGGCAUGGUUGUAAACAGUGGAUAGCAGCAAUGUGGGCUUGUCGUAUGAUGCAGAGUCAAGACUUUGCCUUUGAGAAUCUAAGAUGGCAACCGAAAGAUUGUGAAUUGGAAGAAUUUGAAGGG